AACACUGCAGUUUGUUCAGGCGCUCAGUCGGAGCCGGUCACCCGUACACUCAGAGUUUUCCCCUCGCUCAGUCUGCCUCUGUGCUCAGCACUCGCUGCUCCUCGUCUCCUCAUCGCAUCUGUCUCUGACGUGAGGUGCCAUGCAUCCUUCUUUCCCAUCUUCCUCCUUUCUGCUUUUCCAUCACAUCAGGGUCCCUUUAUCAAACAGAUCUCUCUUGCUGCAAAGCCAGGGACCAUAAGCAACUGCUCUGGAACUUCCUAGAAGAAUUUAGAGACAGGACAAGGAUUUUUUUUUCUUCAUUGAAGGACACUCUGCUUUGCUGGGAUACAAAUCUGUGCAGGACCCCCGAUCUUCUUGUAGAUACAGAUCAAUCCUUCUCCAACUUGUUUUGGAGUCAGAGUUCAUCUAUCCAGCCACGUGCAUCCUUCUGGCAGGCGGCUCACUCUGUGCAGUCAGAUCAGCUCAGGAUCUUCAUCCCAGCUCUGCGUUCGUUGACCAAAACUGCACUGCUGAUUAUAUCCAUAUGUGACAGGUUGCAUGAGUUUGAGAUUCUUUACUCAAAAAGAAGGUGACUAAUCACACAACCGCAUCGCUAUCUCCUGUGAUUUCCAUAUGAGAUCCAGCAAGCGUAGGCAGGAUUGCCCUGGACUUCUCACGUUCAACUUUACGUAACAAAAACACAAUCCAAGUUCCACAGACAGAAAACACUGGCUCAGGUGUUUUAAGGACAUUAAGAAAGUCCUGUUUUAUUUUUUGGAGCAGCUAGUGACCUUAGAGCCAUGCAAGUGUCGUUUGCAUGUACAGACCACGGCCUGAAGGCCCCACGCAACGGGGAGCACAGCAAGCAGAACGCCACAAGCCCCAACACGACCAGCCAUGCCCGCGCCCGCUUCCGCACAGUGGCUCUGAUCGCCCGGAGCCUGGGCUCCUUCACCCACCGUUACCACCACAACCUUAAGGAGUCCACAGCCAAGCUUACCGGCAUGAAGUACCGGAACCUGGGCAAAUCUGGGCUGCGUGUCUCCUGCCUGGGUCUGGGAACGUGGGUAACAUUUGGAGGUCAGAUCUCUGAUGAGGUGGCAGAGCAGCUGAUGACCAUCGCCUAUGAGAGCGGGGUCAACCUGUUUGAUACGGCUGAAGUUUACUCCGGGGGAAAAGCUGAGAUAAUCCUGGGCAACAUCAUCAAGAAGAAGUGCUGGAGGAGAUCCAGUCUGGUGAUCACCACAAAACUCUACUGGGGAGGGAAAGCUGAAACAGAGCGAGGCCUAAACAGAAAACACAUUAUUGAAGGUUUAAAGGGUUCCCUCCAGAGGAUGCAGCUGGAGUACGUGGACGUCGUUUUUGCCAACCGGACAGACAGCAACACUCCCAUGGAGGAAAUAGUGAGAUCAAUGACUCAUGUAAUCAACCAAGGAAUGGCUAUGUACUGGGGAACAUCUCGCUGGUCUGCCAUGGAGAUCAUGGAAGCGUAUUCCGUGGCCCGGCAGUUUAAUCUGAUUCCUCCGGUGUGCGAACAGGCUGAAUAUCACUUCUUCCAGAGGGAAAAAGUAGAAACUCAGCUUCCAGAGAUAUACCACAAAAUCGGGGUUGGUGUGGUCUCUUGGUCUCCUUUGGCCUGUGGGAUUAUCACUGGAAAGUAUGAAAAUGGUAUCCCAGAAUCCUCCAGGGCCGCCAUGAAGCCCUACCAGUGGUUGAAGGAGAAGAUAACGAGUGAAGAAGGAAAAAAACAGCAAGCCAAGCUAAAAGAACUAACUCAUAUUGCAGAAAAGCUUGGCUGUACUUUGCCACAGUUAGCCAUAGCCUGGUGCUUGAGGCAUGAGGGAGUAAGCUCUGUGCUUCUGGGAGCCUCAAAUCCAAGCCAACUAACAGAAAACUUGGGAGCCAUUCAGGUCAUUCCAAAGAUCACAGCAGCAAUUGCUACAGAAGUGGACCAUAUACUUGGCAACCGUCCACACAGUAAAAGGGACUAUCACCAUUAGGAUGGACUCUUCCUAGUAAACUAUGCUCAAAAAGCUUGUCAAAGCUCACUCUUCACAGCCAUGGCACCAUAGGUGCGAUCCCAGAAAUGUUUGUGAGUGGAGGACUGCGUGACGCUUGGUUCAUUUAACUCAUUAAGGUGAAGUAAGCUACUUAAAGGAUGCAUGCUAUAGCCGUCAGCCGCCCGACUUAACAAAACCUGGAGGCUCAAUUGUGAUGAGUUCUUGUGGAGAAACCUCUUCCACAAAGUUCGCUGAAGAUGCUGAACCACAGAAUCUUUCACACAAAAUAUCAGUGUUCAAAUAACUUAUGUGAAAAUGGCUGUCAAUGCAUGUAAACAAAACUUUAGAGGAAAUUAUUCCCUGGAAGCAUCUCACCAUGCUAAUGACAGUACCAUCGGUCUAUAACAAAUGAAUGGUCUACAUUGAAACUGAUCAAAGAAUUAUAUUUAGUUUUAUGUCUGUGAUGUGUUUAAAAAAAUGGAAAUUAUGUUUUUGAACUAAAAUCCUGCUCACAUUGUUUUUGCUAAUAACAUGGAACUAUAGUUUAACACAGAGAUUCAGAUCAUUUCUAAUGACUGUUACAUAUAUUUUGGGCAAAUAUGUUAGAAUGAGUUUUCUGUUUCCUUAUGUAUUUUUUUUUAUUUGUUUUACUUAUGCAAUAGCGCUUCACAGUGUAUUUUCUACUGUGCCCCUUCAAUAUAUUUUCAUUUAAACCCUACCAGAUUUUCUGUCAGUGGGGAUUGUAUCUGAUUCAUUUCAUUCCAGUCUGUGCUGUGGACAAAACAAUGACUCAGUGAAGAUGGGGUAGAGGAUCCUCCUAUGGGAAGUGUGUGGAUGGCAAAUAGUGCCAUGCGGCUAAUGAGGAGAUUCAGCAAAGGAAUAAAGAUGCCAUAUGGACCCCUGCAGUAAUUGCACCUGGAACAUGCACAGUUUUCCCAACUUCUCCCAGAUGGCAGAUUUAUGUAAUGGGAUUAUCUUUGUUAUAUUCCAUUUGUUCAGACCUGUAUUUUGGUGUUGUUCGUCAGGUUUGCACAUGGAUAAUUUCAAAAGGCAUACUGUGCUAACAUUAAAUAAUUUACACAAUCAUAAA